GAUCCGUAGGGCCGUUCGGUGUGCCUAGCACAGAACACAACCGUUCGGGUGGCUGCGAGGGAGAGAGAGGAACCGGAUCCUUGCCGUUUGCUGUUGAUAAUAGGACAUAAUUUGCACUCUCCUUUUUACGGGAUCAUCUCAGCAGCUCUCUGUCAUAGGCUAUAAGAAACCUCUCUCAUUGUCGCUCUCGCUCUGUCCUAUAGCGCUAACGUUCUCUCUCUCCCUCUGUUCUAUACCUCUCACGGGCAUGGCGGGAUCGAGCCUACUGGAAAACCCAGUGCAAGCGAUUUUGUACCUGCGAGAGCUUACCACAAUCGUCCAGAACCAGCAAAGUCUUAUCCAGACUCAGCGAUCGCGCAUCGAUGAACUGGACCGCCGAGUGGACGACCUGCUCGGGGAGAACAGACACUUGCGCGAUGUGAGAGGACAGCAGCUUCAUUAUCAUCAUCACCCUGACCCCAGCCAUCACCACCAUCAUUACCACCCAGACCCCCAGCCUACGGUACCUGGGCCCCUGCCUGACCAUGACCCGCCGCAGCCUCAAUUUGCAUCGCCCCAGCCGCUGUCUACACCGCUUCAACCUGCUGACCCUGGGGAAAUGCAGCUGGUCCCGGCUCAUCCACAGACCCCUUCACCGGGCGAGGCUAGCCCUGGAGCAGGGGAGGACGGAACGACCAGCCCGGACUGCCGCUCCUUAGUACCACUGACCCCCACUACCCUCUGCCGAUCGCUGGCCCUGGCUAAAAAAUCAGAUGGGCAGUUGCUGAGGCUGGAGGGCGGGACUUCCUCCAGCGGACAGGAAGUGGAGGGGACAGAAGGAGGGCCCAGGCGAGAGGGACCCAGUGACUAUGAAAUCGCCCUGGAGAACAAGAACAAACAGAUCGAGGAGCUGGAGCAGCGCUACGGGGGCCAUUUUGUGGCGCGGCGCGCCGCCUGCCGCAUCCAGACGGCGUUCCGCCAGUAUCAGCUCAGCAAGAACUUCCAGAAGAUCCGCAACUCUCUGUCGGAGAGCCGGCUCCCCCGCCGAAUCUCCUUGCGCCGGCCCAAUCCGACCCGGAACCAGAACCCAGGGCAGAGACACAGCUACACCCCUCACACUCUCCUGGAGACAGGCAGCCCGGCAGGGGGAACCCUGCGGCCCAAAACUCCCCCUCCACCCCCAUCCCGCACCACCUCUCUGCCCCCCUCCCCCGCCUCCACCGCUAACCCUGCCCCUACCCCAGGUCCAGCCUUAGGACCCUCACUCACUCAGCUGGAAGACUGCUUCUCCGAUCAGCUGCACUCACUGGCCCAGUCCAUUGACGAUGCUCUUCGUGGGUGGAGCUUGUCGGACAGCGGUGAGAGGGCGGGGCUGUUGAUGGACCCGGGGGCCUUCCGGGCAGCUGCCCAGUCCGCCUGUCUGCCCCGCAGUGCCAGCUCCCUGCUCAUGGCCUUCAGGGACGUCACCGUGCACAUCGACACCAACAACUACACCAUCUCUACGGCAACCACCUCUACCACCACCACCACAAUAGGCAACACGGGCGGGGGGAGGGGGAGCAGGCAGGCCUCGUUGGACAAAGGCGGGGUCAGGAGAGCAGCGAGCCAAUCCGAGGAGCAGGGGAUUGACGUGGACUUCCCGGCCCCGCCCCCCAGUGAGGAGUUGGAGAUGGGGGACCUGGGUUCCAGGAGGGGAUCUGCCAUGACGGGUCAGGGUGGGCUGGAAAGAGAGAGCGGCUCAGAGAGACCUGGCUCCACCUCCACCUCCACCCAGUCUAACCAGCAGCCCAUCCAGACCUACACCCAGUACCAGCAGUACCAGUACCCUCAGACCCAGCAGGUCUCUGGGGGCCCCAUCCCCGAGGCUCUCCAGGCCCUGGUCCUCUCUCUGCCCAGGGACCGCUGCCAGGACCCAGCCUCCUGCCGCUCGCCCACCCUCUCUACCGACACACACCGCAAACGCCUCUACCGCAUAGGACUCAACCUCUUCAACGUGAACCCAGAGCGGGGCAUCCACUUCCUGAUCACGCGGGGCUUUGUCCCCGACACGGCCAUCGGCAUUGCCCACUUCCUGUUGCAGAGGAAGGGCCUGAGCCGGCAGAUGAUUGGAGAGUUCCUGGGGAACAGCAAGCUGCUCUUCAACAGGGACGUGCUCGACUGUGUGGUGGAUGAGAUGGACUUCUCGGGGAUGGAGCUGGACGAGGCCCUGAGAAAGUUCCAGGCUCAUGUUCGUGUGCAGGGCGAGGCCCAGAAGGUCGAGAGGCUUAUCGAAGCCUUCAGCCAGAGGUACUGCAUGUGUAACCCAGAUGUGGUGCAGCAAUUCCACAACCCAGACACCAUUUUCAUCCUGGCCUUCGCUGUGGUGCUGCUCAACACCGAUAUGUACUCCCCCAACAUCAAACCCCAGCGCAAGAUGGGCCUCGACGACUUCAUACGCAACCUGCGAGGAGUAGAUGAUGGGGCCGAUAUUCCCAGAGAGAUGGUUUCUGGGAUCUAUGAGAGGAUCCAACAGAGAGAGCUCCGCUCCAAUGAGGAUCAUGUGACCUACGUCAGCCGCGUGGAGCAGUCCAUACUCGGCAUGAAGACCAUCCUGUCUGUGCCCCACAGGCGCUUGGUGUGUUGCUGUCGCCUGUUUGAAGUGUCAGACGUCAACAAGCCUCAGAAACAGAAGCUGACGUCUCACCAGAGAGAGGUUUUCCUUUUCAACGACCUCCUUCUGAUCCUCAAGGUGUGUCCCAAGAAGAAAACGUCUGCCUCCUACACCUUCUGCAAAGCCAUGGGUCUGCUGGGCAUGCAGUUCCAUCUGUUCUCCAAUGAAUGCUAUGCUCAUGGCAUCACCAUGCUGAGCCCUUUCACCUCCGAGAAGAAACAGCUGGUCAGUUUCUGCUCCCCCAGCGGAGAGGAGCUGCGCAAGUUUGCCGAGGAGCUGCGAGAGUCCAUCACCGAGGUCAACGAGAUGGAGCAGAUCCACAUCCAAUGGGAGCUGGAGAGACAGCAGGGGGUCCAGCCUCACUCCUCACACACCAACGGCAGCCAGCUGGACACACACACAGGACACGGAUCUCCCUCAGGUCAGCAGGACACUUAUGAGAAGACAGGCAACAACAACAACACAGUGGAGGUGUCAAUUCACAACAGGCUGCAGACCUACCAGCUGAGCCAGCCCAGCAUUGAAUCCACUGCUCUGGCCCUGGCCGCCCCCCCAGCCCUGCACAGCCCCGGACAGCCGGGGGAGCUCCGCCCAGAGACACUCAUUCAAUGCCAGCAGAUCGUCAAGGUCAUCGUCGUGGACCAGAGCGGGCGAGGACGGAUGGAGGCUUUCCUCAGCCAGAGCCCCACCUCCCACCGCUUGAUCCAAUCAGCUAUGUCCACACCCGUGCAUGUCAAGGAGGGGGACGGCCCCCAGCCCCCCCUGCCCCCGCCUCCUCCCCCGUAUAACCACCCCCACCAGUUCUGCCCCCCCGACUCUCCUAUGCCCCUCCACCACACUCUGCCCUACCCAAUAAGGAGGAGGAAUUCCAGCGGCUCCCGCAGCAUCGUCUGACAAAACUACAAUUCCCAGUUUCAACAAACAACUUCCUGGUGGUCCAUACAGAGGAGUCUCUUAUCUACAAUACACACAAUUACCUGUAGAUUGCAGAAGGGGGUUAUUUACUUAAAUGAAAAAUGAAGUUGGUUGGUUGAGAAGAAAAUGGAGCAGAGGAAUUAAAAAUAAUACAGAGAAUUCAGACGUAAGUCUAAUCACAUAAUCAGUAUUUUUGAAUAUCGAGUCGUUUUCAAAACAUUUGUAAAGACAGAUUUUCUAAUCUCGCAUCUGCACAUAUUCUUAGAUUGAAUACACCGUCUUGUCUGUUCCUCUCACACAUCAACUUGUAAACAAGACCUUGUGAUUCCCACUCGGUUUAUGCACCUCAAAAGCUUUUUCUUUGGCACGUAGCGUGGCUGUGAUGUGUGUAAAUGACUGUAAAAAGCUGCCAGACAGAUUUACACAGGCAGCUUCAGAAGGGGUGAGAUGGUCGGACCAGAGCCAGCAUCCAGGAUACGGACAUCGGUCUGUUCUGUCACUGGGCCUGAACGACUCCGAGUCUGUUUGGCUAAACCACAGCCACUCUCCCCUGUAGAAUCCAGAUAGUGAGCAGUGUGACCUUGACACGUGCACAUGGCAAUCUGGACUGCUUCUUUCCUAUCUUUCCAACAUGUGAGUGGAUUUUCAAGUGUGGAAUGGAGGUGUAUGUGCGUGAGUUUAUGCGAGGGUUAUAGCUGGUACUCAGAAUCUCUGUAGAAUAGUGCUUAAGAGCUCAGGAUAAAAUGUGCUUCUCAUUACCACAUAUCUCCUAUCCUCUGUCCUUUCCCAAGGGUUUAGAGCAUUAAACCAUUGUAUAUUUCGCAUACUAACGGAGGACAUUGAAAACGGCUGAUUUGAUUCAGUCCUGAACUGUUACAGUACAUGAAUAGGUUUUUUUUCUUCCUAUUCUGAACUAAUUACUGUGAAUAAGGGAUUUCCAUUGAAUACACUUCUCAUUCCAGGAUUAUGCUUAAUCUGGGUCUGGAAGAGUACUCCUGGGAUUAAUGUUGUACAAUCUAGUUCCAUACAGGGUAACCUAAUCUCACCUCUUAUAGUCUCUCUUAGUCCCUUCCAGUCACCUGCUAUGUUCUGUAAACGACUGCAUGUCACAGAGGGAUGUACACACACACACACACACAUACACACACGGCCCAUUCACUGAGCAUAAACACAUUGACAGAUCCAUGUUAUUGAUUAGAACACUGAAUGUUGCUUUAUCAGAGUAUGUUUAUUUAUCUAUAAAUGAUUUCAGUACAAUCCCCAAGUCAACCUGAGUAUUGUAAUAAUAUUUUGAGCCAGUGAAUUUAGUACCGGCUAAUGGAGCUGACCCAGGAAUGAACACAGAUGUUCAUUUUUGUAUCUUUUGCACCACAGAGUAUAUUGUUUCUUGUUACGGUGAUAUAGUUUGAAUAUAUACAGUGACUGGAGUGCCAGUGUGUGUAUCGACAUGUAUGUAGUUGUAUAGAAAAUAUCUAGUUUAAAUAGAGAAAAGAGCUAUACAGAUAAAUAUUAGAUGUAUACCCUGUUGCCAUGACAGAUGGAAAGGAGGCAGAUUUUAUAUACUUCAGUUUUGUUACCAUUAAUUUGAUCAUAUUACAGGUAUGACAUGAUAGUAAUGUCAAUGAUGCUCUUUAAUGGUGCGAAAAGGGCUAUGCUGUACAGUAAAUGUAACACUGCAAACACAGACCUACUCACACACUAAUUUACAAACACACACACACAAACACACACACACAUUAAAGCUGCUAAAAUAAAUAUAAAAUCCCCCAUAUGUGAGUUAUCUUGAACAUCUUUGAUUUAAGAGUUUUCAACCCAAUUAAGUUGUUCUACAAAAAUUGGAGUUUCAUUUGCUACAGUAUUCUACAGCAUGAUUUGCAGGAAUUUGAGAUUUUAACUGUAUCAUUGUUCAGGGCAUGUUGAGUUGAUUGGUCAUUUUUCCACCUCCCCUUCCCUCUCCCAUGCCCCCCCUCCCCUAUGGAUGGUUGUCAUGGAAAUGAAUCCAGUCUCUCCCACCUUUACUGUAAAGCACUGACAGUGACCUGUGCAUCACAAAGUGUUUAUAAAGAAUAUUUAUAAGAAGAUGAGAGCGUUUACCUAUGGAAUACAGUAUUUAUAACGUUUUCUGUUUGAAGAGAAUGAAAGAAUAAAGUAGU